AUGGGAAGCCCCUCGUCCCGUCUUCUGCCACUCGAAGACCUUCCAUCCCCAAACACCAUUUCCUCCCACACAAUGCUAUCCAUGGCUUCCACAAGCACUUCUUGUUCUUCUCCCCUCUGCAACAAAAUCCCCAACUUCUCAAUCUCCCGCUCACUCACUCCAAUUCCCACCCACUUCCCACCACACAUUAAACUCCUAAAACCCCUCGAGCUCAAAGCCUGUUUCCACAGCUUCCCUCACCUCUCUCCUUCCCCCAGUUUCCGCCGCUCGUUGGCGGCGUUUGACGGCUUCGAAGUCAAAGAAGAUAGUGAAAGCCAAGCCGAACUAGACCCAGAAGCAGAGCUCCAUGAAAAGCAAGAAGAAGAAGAAGAAAGAGAGGAAGUGCCAAAGAGCUCAGACGCCGGGAGGCUAUAUGUAGGGAAUUUGCCUUAUAAUUUGACUUCGACCCAAUUGGCUGAGGUUUUCGGGGAGGCUGGCACGGUGGUUUUCUCAGAGGUUUGA